GAUGGUUCAACUUCAAAUUUGUCAACAUUAAAUAAACGUAAAUUCCGUUGAUUUAGUGAGUGUUUGUGACAGUUAUUAAGAUUUAUACAUAUUCAAAUUGAAAAUGUUGUUCUACAAGUGAAAGAAGGUUUGAGUUUUAAGCUCCAGUAAAUUCGUGCACUAAUAGAAUAGGCUGUCUAAGAAUCAGGAUAGACUUUAUUUUGCCUAUUGGAAUGGAAUCAACGACUUCACUCUCCAAGGGUUGUUUUGUAUUUGCACCAAAAUCCUCAAAGACGAAGAGAAAGAAACGAAGUGAAGUUAAAGAUGAAUUUGAUGAGUACAACAGCAUAUCACAAGUGGCCCAGUUUACAGAGAUCAUAAGCGCAAUCGAAAAACAACUUAAGGAAAUCAAUACAAAUGCUUCAGAUGAAGUACUGCAAGAGUUGGUUCAGUUUGUAUCAAAGUGUCCCAACUCUGAUUUCGCUAUUCCUACUGCUGUACUUCUUACAGGUGUGAAUUUACCAGACCACCGAGUCCUUUUUCAAGCUCUUGCUGAUCGUUUGCACAAAGAGACGACCAAACAUGUCGCAGUGUUGCUGUCAAGCGAAUGCACCAAUGUCAAGAACACCAUUGAACAGUUUACUUCACAGUUUCUAAAACAAUCUACAACUUCAAUAGAUUUCCAGAUGGACAUCGAUGACAGUGAUAGUGAAGAAGAAGACGUGUUCGAUGAUGUAAAACGAUCACAGUGCACGAUGCCUAAUUUAGUGAGUUGGUACGAGGAGUUGACACCUCAAAAUGAUAGUCCAAGAAAAAAGACAAAUAACAUUCCUCGAGAAAAACUAGUCAUCAUUGUUCCUGAUUUUGAAAGCUUCUCGACUAAAGUGCUGCAAGAUGUUAUCCUAAUAUUAAGUGGCUACCUAGAUAGACUACCCAUAGUGUUGGUGUUUGGAGUGGCCACUUCAGUCAAGGCACUACAGAGUUCCCUGCCUCAUAGGAUCACAUCCCGGAUGGAUGUUCGCAUGUUCCAGUCUAAACAAUCGGUCCACUUCCUCAACAAAACUGUAAACGAGGUUUUACUGUCCUGGCAAAAUUCAAGAACAUACCCAUUUCUUCUUGGACCCAAGAUGUUUAAAUUACUGACUGAUGUUUUUAUUUUUUACGAUUUCUCUGUUCAUGGCUUUGUGCAGGGUGUUAAGUACUGUCUGAUGGAACAUUUCUACAACAAUCCUCUGGCCCGAUUGUGCUGCUCUCGUGAAGACUUGGCAGAAGUGGUUGACGAACUUAAAAAUGAAGAUUUAGAACAACAUUUCGGAAACAAUAAGCAGUUUCAGGCAUAUGUAGAAAAGCUUCCGAUGCAACGGAUGGAGAAAAUACUCAGUUUCACUAACAAGGGAAAGUACUUCAAGGAGCUCGUGUUGGAAAUGAUGAACAAUUUACACAUACACAAAGACAAUCUGUUGGUAGCAGUUUGGCUGCUUCAUACACUAGUUCAUGAUCUGCCUGAGGCACCAUUAGGAAAACAGGUUCGUGAAGUCUACAUUGAAGCAAUGUCUGGACCAACUUUAGAGCAUCCAAAGUUCCAAAGGUGUUUUGAACUUCUAAAUCUAAUGUCAAAGCAAGAUCUCGUCCAAAAGUUGACUGAAAUUCUGGAUAUACUUAAGGAAUCAGAGUGUCUCCAAGUAGAGAGGAAUAAGUUAACAGAGCUGUUGAAACUACUUAAGUCUGCUGGUGAAACUUUAAAGAGCCCGACAGCUAGUCCAUCUAAAAAACCAAUAACAAUGGACACUUUUAACAGGAGUGAUAGGGCAACAUUUUACAUGCCACUGCUCAAAAAAAAUGUCCGGGAAGAAAAUGAGUUUGAGAAAGCUCGGUCCAAUCUGUUGUCGUAUCUGAAGGAAGUUUUUAAAACCUAUUUGAUCUCACCAACCACCCUGCCAUUGCAUGAGGCAGUUUUGAUUGACAAUGUGUCAGCUAAAAGACAUAUUAUUGGAGCUCCAAGGGCUGCCUUGCACACUGCACUCAACAAUCCCCAUCAUUACUUGCAGUGUGAAUGUUGCAAGAUAUCGAACAACAGUGAGAUCCUCUCGACGAUGCCAGACAUCUGUAUUGCUUACAAACUUCAUUUAGAAAGUGGAGCUCUGAUCAACAUGUAUGAUUGGUUGCAGUCAUUCGUAACCAUUGUCUCCCCUGGCGAAGAAGACAGGGACGAAAGGAAAGUGGAUCCAGCCAUUCAAGCUCGCUUCACAAGAGCUGUCACUGAACUUCAAUUCCUCGGCUUUAUCAAGGGCUCCAAGAAGAAGACUGACCACGUAGCCAGACUUACCUGGGGCGGAACGUGUUGAACAGACAAUUUAGUUAAAAUGUUUGUUUUAUAAUGUUGAACUGGCAAUGUUGUGUCAUUGUAAUGGUAUUAACUUUCAUUUAGUUUGAGGAAAACUUUGAAUGUGAAUAUAUUAAGAAUACGAUGAUACAAACUAUGGCGAUUGUGGAUCAUCUCAAAAUUGCUGCGAUUCUAGGUUAAACAACUUUGUUUAUCUAUUACCAUCAACAACAACAAGUAACUAAUAUUGAUUUUUACUUUUUCUCCCUAUGCACAGUAUAUAAAGAAAGUAUUGUUUUAGUCAACAUUUUUAGAGUUUGAGAUUUUGUUGGAUAUAUCCAGUUUGGGUCCUCUUGAACCCAAAAAAGUGGUUUUCGAACAUAUGUACUUACCU